AUGGCACCCACGGCAGUGGACUCGACCACCCCGGUGCCCAACUCAUCCAAGCCCAAGAGUGAGAAGCCCGUGGACCUCUCAGUCUUCCCGGACGGCUUCAAGACCUCGGGUCAACACCCACCGCUCUACGACCAACUCUACCCGUACAGCGCGUUCCCUAAGACCAUCACCGGGCCGACCGUCUGGGAAGCCGACGAAUAUGCCAACCACCCGGAACAGUGGACGCACGUCUUCUCCGCCGAGGAGGUGGCGGAACUCUCCCAGGCGGCCGACACCUUCAUCCGCGAAGGACAUCCCUUGACGGGGAUCAACCCGGGCAACUUCCCCCUCCCCAACCUCGCGCCCAGCCUGAAGGCGAUGCGCAACGAGCUGCUCAACGGCAAAGGCUUCAUCCUGUACAAGGGAUUCCCGGUCGACGAAUGGGGCACCCACAAGUCCGGGGUCGCGUACUUCGGGCUCGGCACGUACAUCGGAUACCCGGUGUCACAGAACGGGCGCGGCCACAUCCUGGGCCACGUCAAGGACCUGGGCGAGGACAGCACGGCCAUCGACAAGGUGCGCAUCUACCGCACGAACGCGCGGCAGUUCUUCCACGCCGACGACGCCGACGUCGUGGGCCUGCUGUGCCUCGCGCGCGCCGAGGAGGGUGGCGAGUCCGACGUCGCCUGCGUCCACAAGGUCUGGAACAUCCUGCAGGAGGAAUACCCGGCCGUGGCGGAACUGCUCACCUCGCCCGUCUGGUACUUCGACCGCAAGGGCGAGGUCAGCCAGGGCGAGGAGCCCUACAUCCGCACGAGCGUCUUCUACCUCGAGACGCCCGAGGCCGGCAAGCCGCAGCGCCUGUACUGCAAGUGGGACCCGUACUACGUGCGCAGCCUGACCCGGUUUUCCGACGCGGGCAUCAUCCCCGCCUUGUCCGCGGAGCAGGUGCACGCGCUCGAGACGCUCGAGAACGUGUGCUCGCGCGUCAAGCUGCACAUGAUCCUCGAGGUCGGCGAUAUCCAGUUCGUCACGAAUUCGCACAUCCUGCACGCCCGCACCGCGUACCGCGACCACAGCCCGGAUUCCGGCAAGCCGCGCCGUCAUCUCAUGCGCCUGUGGUUGAGCACCCCAUUGAACGAGGGCGGCUGGAGACUGCCGUUUCCCGAUGUCAAUGAGCGGAAGAGAGGCGGCAUCCAGGUCGAUGAUACGCCGCCGGUGGCGAGGUUGGAUGCUGAUUGA